AUGGCAUCGACAAAUUCAUACCGAAGGCUAUCAAUAAACGACACCAUGGAGCACCACACAUUACCUUCAGUGGUUGCGCCAACACUUGACUACAACCCUCCAUUGCGCCAGCGGGGAACAUCUCUAUACCUCUGCUGUGGCUGCGGCGAUGGACCAAAGAUGUACUUUAACGCUAUUAUGCUGCAUACUCACGCUGGAUGA